AUGAAGCAGUCUCUACACCAACCAUUUACUGCACCAUUAGAUGUGAAGCAGUCUCUACACCAACCAUUUACUGCACCAUUAGAUGUGAAGCAGUGUCUACAGCAACUCUUUACUGCACCAUUAGAUGUGAAGCAGUCUCUACAGCAACUCUUUACUGCACCAUUAGAUGUGAAGCAGUCUCUACAGCAACUCUUUUCUGCACCAUUAGAUGUGAAGCAGUCUCUACAGCAACUCUUUACUGCACCAUUAGAUGUGAAGCACUCUCUACAGCAACUCUUUACUGCACCGUUAGACGUGAAGCAGUCUCUACAGCAAGUCUUUACUGCACCGUUAGAUGUGAAGCAGUCUCUACACCAACCCUUUUCUGCACCAGUACACGUGAAGCAGUCUCUACACCAACUAUUUACUGCACCGGUACACAUGAAGCAGUCUCUACACCAACCAUUUACUGCACCAUUAGAUGUGAAGCAGUCUCUACACCAACCAUUUACUGCACCAUUAGAUGUGAAGCAGUCUCUACAGCAACUCUUUACUGCACCAUUAGAUGUGAAGCAGUCUCUACAGCAACUCUUCACUGCACCAUUAGAUGUGAAGCAGUCUCUACAGCAACUCUUUUCUGCACCAUUAGAUGUGAAGCAGUCUCUACAGCAACUCUUUACUGCACCAUUAGAUGUGAAGCAGUCUCUACAGCAACUCUUUACUGCACCAUUAGAUGUGAAGCACUCUCUACAGCAACUCUUUACUGCACCGUUAGACGUGAAGCAGUCUCUACAGCAACUCUUUACUGCACCAUUAGAUGUGAAGCACUCUCUACAGCAACUCUUUUCUGCACCAUUAGAUGUGAAGCACUCUCUACAGCAACUCUUUACUGCACCGUUAGACGUGAAGCAGUCUCUACAGCAACUCUUUACUGCACCGUUAGACGUGAAGCACUCCGACACCCCUAUACCUUGCCUUGAUAUGUUAUAA